AUGCUUGAUCUUAAUACCAAUAGUAUAUCGGGCAAUCUCCCAUCGUCAAUUGCCAAUGGGCUCCCUGAUCUCGAACUUCUCUAUCUUGAAGGCAAUCGAUUGAGUGGAGAAAUUCCUACCUCUGUUUCAAAUUUUUCUAAGCUUACUAGCUUGGAUCUUAGUUACAACUCAUUCAGUGGACAAGUACCCAUGAAUCUUGGGAAUUUACAGAACCUACAGAAGCUACGAUUUGAUAAUAAUGAGUUGACAAAUGAUCCUUCAAUGCCGGAAUUGGAUUUUCUUAUUUCAUUGAAAAAUUGUAGGAAUUUGAAGAUCAUAUGGAUGGGAUUCAAUUCUUUCAACGGAAUAUUACCGAAAUCCUUGGGUAAUUUGUCAACAUCUGUAGAAUCUUUCACUGCCGAUUAUUGUGGUAUUAAAGGUAUCAUUCCUAAUGAAAUUGGUAAUAUUAGCAGCUUGAUGGAGUUAGACCUUAGAGGCAAUGAAUUGACAGGAACAAUCCCUGAAGCAUUGGGUCAAUUAAGAAAAUUGCAAAAGCUGAGACUUGAUUUCAAUAAACUAGGGGAGUCGGUACCUUUCAACCUUUGCAAAUUGACAAAUCUAUAUUAUCUAGGUUUGAGGAAUAAUAGGCUUUCUCAACAUCUACCAACUUGUUUAGGAAAUCUUACCGCUUUACAAGAAAUUUAUUUAGAUUACAACUCAUUGACUUCCACUAUCCCAUCCACACUUUGGACUAACAAGGAAAUUCAGAUUUUGAGUUUAGCUUAUAAUUUGCUGAAUGGGUCACUGGCUUCAGAAAUUGGAACCAUUGCGAGCAUGAGAGAGUUAAAUUUGUCAGAUGAAGAUAUGGUUGCCCAUGUUGGAGACUUUGGCAUUUCCAAGCUUUUAACUACAGACCAGAGAAUUUCAAUUACCAAGACGUUGGGCACCAUUGGAUAUAUGGCUCCAGAGUAUGGAUCUACUGGAUUAAUAUCGACUAUGGCGGAUGUUUAUAGCUAUGGGAUUAUGCUCAUGGAGACAAUUACCAAAAAGAAGCCAACAGAUGAUAUGUUUGCUGGAGAGUUCACAAUGAGGAAAUGGGUGUUCGAAUCAUUCCCGGAUGCUAUAAUGCAGAUAGUGGAUGUUGAUCUAGUGAAUGCAGUUGAAGAGAAUAUUGGAGCCAAAGAGAGCUGCUUUAGAUCAAUCAUGGGACUAGCACUAGAAUGCACGGUUCACUGGCCCAACGAGAGGCUCAAUAUGAAAGAUGUUCUAACAAGGCUCGUGAAGAUCAAAACUGAAUUUUGUAAAGCAUAA